UUCGCUUCGUAAGCGUGGUGAAUUAGAAGUCGUCGCUAUAGAUUGAAAAUGAAUACAAUACCUGGAGAGCAGGGGGAGUGUGAGAGACGCGAAUAUCAUGGGCUGGAAGUGACCGGAGAUCACGUGGUCAUCUCUGGCAUGUCCGGACUCUACCCCAAAUCGCGAAACAUACAGGAGCUCCACCACAUACUGUAUAAUAAGAUUAAUCCUGCGGAGAAGACUGAACGCUGGAGCGGUCUUCCGGAGGUGUCACAGUAUGUCGGCCAAAUCUCCGAAUUGGAGUAUUUCGACGCUCAGUUCUUCAAAGUGCACCAUCGCCUCAGCAAUCUCAUGGACCCCAUGUCGAGGAAACUACUAGAACAAUCUUACCAGGCAAUAUUUGACGCAGGUUGCAGUCCAGGAUACUUGGCAGGAAAGAAAGUAGGAGUUUUCAUAGGAAUCUGCUUUACUGAAGCUGACAAAGUUUUCCUAUACACUGAUCAUGUAAAAUCAGGCCUUGGCAUUACUGGGUGCAACCGGAGUAUGUGCGCCAACCGCAUCUCGUACUAUCUGAACCUGAAGGGUCCUUCCAUGUCAGUGGACCAAUCGUGUGCCUCCUCCACCGCCGCCCUGGAGAUGGCCUACGACGCCAUGAUCCGGGGGGAGUGCGAAGCCGCCAUAGUGGGGGGAUCGAAACUGUGCCUGCAUUCUCAGACUCUUAUUGGAUACGGCAGAAUUCUACUGACAUGUAAGGAUGGGAAAACAAAAUCAUUCGAUGCUAAUGCUGACGGGUGCUGCAAGUCAGAAGCAAUAAACUGUAUAUUCCUGCAAAAGGCCAAAGAUGCCCUUAGAAUUUAUGCACGUGUAGUCCACGUCAAAACCGAGUUUAUGUCGCUUUGUAAAACGGACAUCGGUGCCGUCGCCGGUUUCGAUCGAGACCCUGCGGAUAUAACGAGAUUCCUAGGGACCUUCUACAAGGAAGCUGACGUGUCUCCUCUCGAAGUACAAUAUGUGGAAGCGUUUGGAGCAGGUAACCGAGACAGUGACAAAAGAGAACUAGAAGCGAUAGAUGAAUUCUUCUGCAAAGGCCGGAGGAAACCCCUACCGGUUGGCAGCGUCAUGUCCAAUAUCGGCUAUGUGGAAUCUGCCUCGGGACUCUCGUCUGUUACCAAGAUCCUGCUGGGCUACCAAUGCGGAAAAUUGGCCGCAAACCUGCACUAUAACACGCCACGAGACGAUAUCGCUGCAAUAAAAGAAGGACGAAUUGAAAUACUGGCAGAGCAUAAAGACUUCGUCCCCACAUACACUGCCAUCAAUAGCAUAUCUAUGACGGGACCUUUCGGGCAUAUCCUCCUACAUGGAUUUAGUAAGAAAAAGGAUAUAGCACGAUAUAAGAUACAUUUUCCACGUCUCGUGCUGAGUUCAGGAAGGCAGGAGAGUGCCGUUCAAAAAAUAUUCACUUAUCUCAAGAGUAAGCCGGUCGACCCAGAAGAACUGACGCUGAUUCAUCAUUUCUAUGAGAAUAAUAUAACUGGCCACUUGGGACGUGGUUUCCUAAUUCUAGAUACAGACGAGAACAAGGAAACAGUAUGCUUGAGCUCGGAGUGCGCCUACUUUGACCAGGCCCGGCGGCCGCUGUGGUUCGUGUACAGCGGCAUGGGCUCGCAGUGGCCCGCCAUGGGGAAAGACCUCAUGCGGAUACCGGUCUUCGCUGCCGCUAUUCAAAGAUGUCACCGAGUACUUGAGCCUAAAGGACUGAACAUUGUCGACAUCAUCACGUCGGAUGAUCCCAAGACAUUUGACAACAUUCUACAUUCGUUUGUCGGUAUCACUGCCAUACAAAUCGGACUCACUGAUGUGCUACGAGCUAUGGAUAUAGCACCAGAUAUGAUAAUUGGGCACAGUCUAGGUGAAAUUGGGUGUGCCUAUGCAGACAACUGUUUCACCGCUGAAGAAACUAUUAUGUGUGCCUACAGCCGUGGUCUAGUCUCCGUACAGACACCGUUCAUCCGUGGAUCCAUGGCAGCCAUUGGACUAGGAUAUAAAGAGAUAUCUAGAAUGUGUCCUCCUGAAAUAGAAGUUGCUUGUCACAACUCUGCGGAAUCUUGUACAAUUUCUGGUCCAGCCGAGAUAAUGAGCGAAUUUGUGCUUAGCUUAACGCGUCAAGGAAUAUUCGCGAAGGAAGUGCCGUGUUCCAACAUUGCUUUCCACAGCCGAUAUAUCGCUAAUGCUGGACACGCAUUACUAAAGUUCAUGGAGGAAAUAGUUCCCAACCCCAAACCCCGCAGCUCCCGCUGGCUGUCCACAUCGGUGCCCCAGGCGCAAUGGGACGAACCCAAGGCAAAAUACUGCUCCGCCGAUUACUUCACAAACAAUUUGUUGAGUCCAGUGCUAUUUGAGGAGACAUCACAGCAAAUACCGGCUGACGCUGUCCUGGUGGAGGUCGCUCCCCACAAUCUGCUGCAGGCCAUCCUCAAGCGUUCUCUACCACAAUCCUGCAAGCUGCUGCCUCUCUCUCGGCGAGGACAUCCUGCAAAUACCACAUUAUUGCUGGAAACUAUUGGACGCUUGUACGUCGAAGGCUUUAAUCCCAAGGUAAAGGCGUUAUAUCCACGAAUAGAAUUUCCGGUAUCAACGUCAACUCCCAUGUUAUCACAUCUAGUGGAAUGGGUGCAUAAUGAAGAAUGGUCCCUGCACAAACCGACCAUUGCUAGCAAAGCGAUUGCCACAACUUCGAAAGAUGCUAUAUCUACGUUCGAUGUUGAACAUAGUCAUUUGAAAGGCCACAUAAUAAGAGGAAAAAACCUGUAUCCGUUUUCCGCGGCUCUCGUAGCCGUAUGGGACACACUGGCAGCGAGCCUAAACAAGGAGAGAAAGACAUUAUCAGUACAGUUCGAAAAUGUGUACUCACAUACACAGCCGAUAUUAAAUAAGAAACACCAGUUACGCCUCUAUGUCGGUAUACAGAAAGGCACAGGGCAUUUUGAGGUACUGAAUGAGAACUCGGUCAUAAUAACAGGAACAAUUUUACCAGAGAUCACAGAUGAAAGGAAGUUUGAGAUGCCCCAGAUAACUGCCGAAACACACCUUGACGCAGAUGAUAUCUAUCAGUUGCUACAUGCAAAAGACUAUCAUUAUGUCAACGAAUUCCGCAGUAUACAUAGUGUAAACGAAUCCCUAACGGAGGCGCGAAUUGCAUGGAGAGACAACUGGACGACUUUCUUAGAAGGAAUCAUACAACUAAAUGUUCUAAGACGACAACAUCACGCCGUAUCUAAGAUUAACCUCAUCAGAAAGAUGAUAAUCGAUGUUGAUAAGCACCGUAGCUGCACUAUGGUAGAUGGAGAUACAGUCCUAGUUAAAGCUAAAGUUCUAGAUGUAUAUGAUCUUACUGUUUGCGGUGGAGUUAUUAUGGAAACUGUAAAAUUUAUCGAUGUACCUCCUCUCAAAAAUGAUGAUAUCGUUCUAAAAAUGAGUGAAUUCUUACCUCUCUUUUCAAGCAAAAAGAUGAAUGAAAAUAAAGCACUGAAUAUGUUGAUACAAAUUGCAGCUGAUAAUGUGAAACAUCAGUCAAUAAAUAUAAUGCAAAUUGAAAAUGCUUAUAGCGUCAAGAACAAUUUCAGUAACAUAAAAGAAAUAUCAAACAAAAUUCCCGGGAUAAGUGCUACUUACACGAAAGCAUGUUUAGAUGAAAAAGACAAAAACGACUUUGAGCAUAUUGAUUUGAUUAUAGCGGCUGAUUUAAAUGACGAGAUGUGUCAAAAGCUACAAAGUGUUCUACAUCAAAAUACGUUCAUAAUUUAUAAACAAGGUCAAGAACAGAAAGAGAGUUCAUAUAAUAGAGUAGUGAGUGCUCAAAACACAGAAAAUGGAAUAAUUAAACUGGCUAUAUGGAGACCAACAGAGCCUAAUAUUUCCAAAAAACUAAUUUUACGCCAGCAAAAAGACUCGCAAGACACUCCAGGAGGAGAAUAUUUUGUGCCACUAGAAGACGAAACAAAUUCAAAUCAAAGCGUGACACUAAAAAUUGCCCAGAUUGGUGAUCUUCAGUCAAUUUAUUGGGCUAAAGAUGAUCUACAAACUGACCACGGCGUAAAAGUAAAGGCUACCUACGUGGGAAUUAACAUCGUCUACGUAAACAAGCUGCUGGGAACACACUUUCAAGACAAUAAUGAACCGACCAAAUGUGUCAUUGAUUUUAGUGGUUUUGCUAAAAGCGGUGCGAGAGUGAUGGGUUUAGUACGGAGUGACACGAUAUCAUCACAUGUGACAGCCCAGGCCGAGUUUCUCCUGCCGGUACCCAACUAUUGGACGCUGGAAGACGCCGCCACAGUUCCACUAGCGUACUCCUUGGCUUUCUACAUACUGUUCAUCAAGGUGCGCAUGAACAGGAAGCACACGAUUUGCGUGCACGGCGGCACGGGGGCGCUCGGCCAGGCAGUCAUUAGCAUUGCGCUAGCGCACGGCUGUCGAGUGUUUGCAACAGUCAGCAACAGAUCCAAAAAGCUAUUCCUGAAAAAAAUAUUUCCCCAAGUUAAGGAUAGUCAUAUAAUUGACCACUCACGGGACCUCAAUUUCGUCUACAACAUAAUGCGAGAGACGAAUGGUAAAGGCUGCAAUCUUCUGGUAUCCUGUGCUACAGAUGAGUUGAAAAAUUACUCCUUCAGGUGUCUCGCGUCUUACGGGGUGAUGGUGGACACCAGCGUGGUCCCCAACCGCGAGGACUACAAGUUCGGGCUUGACCACUUGUCCUUCGACAAAGUCUACUACCCCAUUGACUUCUCUACUAUAUUCCUACCGCAAUUUUCGGAAGAUAUACAAUUAAUACGCGAGCUGAUGGUGACGGGCAUAAGGCAAGGGUACGUGCGUCCGCUGACGCGCGUGACGUACGAAGCGCGGGACGCAGCGCGAGCGUGCCGCCUGCAGACGCGCGACCACCACGGCCGGGUGCUCCUACAACUGAACAUGGAGAUGAAUGUCGUGUCCAGUAUAACGUGCUCGAAUUCGUCGUGGCAACUGCUCGUAUCGGACAAUCAGAUGCUGGCGCUAAAACUGGCCGAAAGACUUGUUGAACGGGGAGCAACGAAAAUUCUGAUGUUGCUCGACAAAGUGUCGAAUUAUGUUCAUGCACAUAUUAGACAGUGGGAAGAUGAUGUGACCGUAAGACUUAUAGAGGCAACACGGGAAGCGAAGGAAAAAUCCGACAUAAUAAGAGGCUGCAAAGAGGAUGGCUUGGAAAGUAUAUUCAUCCUCACUUCAAAAGAGAAGGCCACUCAUGUGAUGGAGACAGUCGAACAGUUCACCACAUUUGUAUCAAAAUAUUCUUAUCCAUUGAAAUAUUUUGCGUUAGUAACAACAAGCAAAUUGAGCAAUACACCAAGGUCGUGGUUCACUACAAAUGGUAACAGUAAAAUGAUUACUAAAAUUAAAUUGCCAGAGAUCAAACAAAUUAAUAAUGAUGAAGAUAGACCUAACAAUAAUAGUGCGAUAUCAGCGAAUGACGCCAUAGAUGCCCUGGAGCGGGCACUAUGCUCACGAGAGAAGGACGUCCUGGUUCACAAAUGUAACGCGACUAGAAAAACCUUGAUGGAACAGAUCUUGUCGCUUGCAGGUUUGAAAGUUGACAGUGAAGAAGCACGAAAUUCGAAUUACACUUUGCGAGAACUGAACAUGAGCGACGCUGCGGUUUCCGUCAUUCAAGAAUAUUUAAAAGACGCAUACGAGUUGAGUUUCAGUGUUGAAGAUCUGCUUAACCUAUCAGUAGAAAGCAGCAACGAGUUGGAAAAUCGAUGCGUUGAUUCUCACGUGGAAGAGAAUCGAGGAAUAGCUACAUACUUCCCCACGGUGUUCGCUGACGAGCUGCUACAUACGACAGACUUGCGGUUCAUGCCGACGCUGGCCAGCACUGCUGCGUUCACGGACGUCGACGUGAGCAAACCACAUUUAUGUAUCGUGCCCGGAGUGGAGGGUUACCACGAACGUUUCAGUGCGCUGUGCGAACGACUGAAGCUCCCUGUCCUGGCGCUGCAGCCGGGAAUAGACAACCCCAGCGAGACGAUCUCGGAACUAGCGCAUAGAUAUAUCGCCGUGAUAAAGAAGAAAGCGGCGCUCAACGACCAUUUCUAUCUCCUGGGCUACGAAAGCGGCAUCCUGGUUGCCCUGGAGAUGGCAGCUGUUCUAGAAAAAUAUGGUUUGACUGGAACAGUGUUCUGCAUCGGCGGGACACCGACCGAAGUGAUCGACGAUUUUAAAAGUAACCUCAUAGACUUUAAGACUGACGCGGAGCUGCAAGUGGGCGUCCUGAAGCAUGCGUACUCGCUUUUUACCAAAGAAGAUUCUAGUGUGAUAGGUCAAUUGACUAGUAUGGAGUGGCCGACGAAGCUUUCGAUAUGCGUGAGCCUAAUGCGAGGCAAAACCACCCACUCCAUGCAAUACAUUAGGAAGUGGAUCGAAUAUAUGUACAAACAGUUGUCUACGUUAGUGAAUACAACGCACGAAAUCAAUAAAAUUUCCUCUCAAAUAAUAUCCCUCCGGCCACGAUAUCCGACCAGCGUGGAUACAUCCCUCCAAGAAUGUUCGGAGAAAAAAGUGGUGACGUAUCAGCUGGAGUCACCGCUGUGUUCUGCGCACUUGGACAUGAUGUGCGCCACCAUCAUCAACUCGCACUUAGACCGUGACAUUUUGGAGACAUUUAAAAAUAGAAAUAUUUGUGACUCGUAUAGAAUCCUGGGCAAAAUUGUGACUUUCUGAUUUUUGAAGGUUGUAGUGAACUAUUCCUUCUUUGUUCUUGCUUAGUCUUAUUGGA